AUGUACCGCGACCAUCUAUGUCCCGUUUUUCUGCGCACAUGCUAUAGCACCGUCGAAGACGAGCGGGCUAAGCACGACCACUUGAAGAAAUGGAUCGACGUAGAUAUCUUUGGCGAGGAAGCAUGGUGGGCCGUUCUCGAUAAUGCGGAUCUGUUCAACUUUAGCUCCGACUGGCGUCGAGUAUACGGAAUUCUCUUCGAGGUCGCUGGCCCUCUUUUGUCCCGGGCUUGA